GGUUGCAAUCAAGAUCAUUGACAAAUCCAGGUUAGACGAUUCCAAUCUCAAGAAGGUUUACAGGGAAGUGCAAAUCAUGAAGAUGCUCUCGCAUCCGAACGUCAUUAAAUUAUACCAGGUUAUGGAAACAAAGAGUAUGCUAUACCUCGUAACGGAAUACGCAAGCAGUGGGGAAAUGUUCGAUUACUUAGACACACAUGGCCGGAUGUCAGAGAAGGAAGCGAAGAAGAAAUUCAUGCAAAUCAUCUCCGCCGUCGAAUACUGCCACAAACGGCAUGUUGUGCACCGUGACCUCAAGGCUGAAAACCUCCUCCUCGAUGGAAACAUGAACAUCAAGAUAGCGGACUUUGGUUUCAGUAAUUUCUUCACUCCUGGCGAGCACCUGGCAACGUGGUGUGGCAGUCCACCGUAUGCUGCCCCAGAAGUCUUUGAGGGCCAGAGGUAUGACGGACCUCAACUGGACAUUUGGGUGAGUUAGAAUGAUAAUAAUAAUGAUAUUAAUAAUUAAUAAUGAUAUUGAUUAUGGUGAUGAUUUAUGAUGAUGAUGAUGAGGAUAACGAUAAUGAAAUGUCGCAAUAACAGUUUGCUUUAUCGUGAGACAACAGAUUAACUCCUUUAGCGAUAAUGCUAAUGAUAAUGACAGUAAUAAUAAUGAUAAUGGUAAAGUAGUAAUAAUAAUAAUGAUAAUGGUAAUGGUAAUGAUAAUGAAAUGAGUAAUAAUGAUGAUAAUGCUAAUGAAAAUGAUAAUAAUAAUAAUAGUGAUAAUCAUCAGGAUCAACGUCAUCAUCAUCGUCAAAAUACAUAUAUACCAAAGGCAGCAACUGCAUCUCUAUAAAUGAACUGUUCUCUCUGCUCUCACAGAAAUACAUAGCUAAUGACAGCUAGUAACAAACGAACUAACUGACUGACUGACUGACUGACUAAAUAACUAACUAACUUAUGGUUUGCCAGUGAAUAGCUUAAUAAGCUUUUAAUCGGUAUGCAGAUAAAUAAUCAAGCAAUAUUUUAUUAAAUAUGUUCUGUUGGGAUAAUAUCAGGUACAGAAGCUUUAAUGACGAAGCUCUUGGAAAAGAGAAAAAUAUUUUCCAUGUUAUUUUGCAAAAUGGGUAUAAUUUUGUGAUGGUUACAACAAAAACAUCCAACCCUUUGUUCUUAAAAAACAUUAACAAAACCAUGAGUCUUCCCUCAAUUAGACUUGUGUACCAGGUGACUCACUGCUAACAGCGAACCAUAAACAAAGACACAACGCAUGGUGAUUCAUCAGCAGCAUUGUCAAAACACCUAGGAGUGCAAGUCUAACUGAUGCUGGGUAUCAAUAUGUAGGGUGAAUCAUUAAUGAUGAUGCAUGGUUUGUAAUGAUUGUGACAGAAUCUGUGACAUAUAGGCGAGUGAUGCCCUGGCCACACCAACAAAACUGACUCCUAACCGACUUAUGGUGUGUCAGUGGUAAUAAUGUAAUAGCUCCUGCUGGUCUGGGCUUUUUUUCAAUGGUAUGACUGCAGCAUAUGAAUUUGUUCAGCAUCAAGUGACAGAGAUCUGAAAUCUUUGUAUCCACUGUAUUUGUGUGGAGUGGAAGUUGACUAAGAAUGGAGUAAGCAAUUCUCGCUACCCCAAAUAGGAACAAAAAUCUCAUAAUGCGCGAGACGAGAUAAUUUUCACUUCGUCGGGUCGUCAUCACCACUUCCGGUUCAGAGUCAUGCUCGCGCGAGGUUCGUGAUACCGAGUUUUCCACCACGCUGAAAUCGAUGCCAAUCAGCGUAAUAUGUACAGAUUAUAAUACUUUUUAUUUAAUUUGGUCAGUUUUGAUUCCAUUUGAAUUAUGAAUU